ACCCCUCUGGUAAUAUCAAAAGAGACAAUGUGCAGACAGUAAUGCACGCCACUAGACUUUCUUUCACAAGAACGUGGUAUUAUUAGCUGCUACGUGGGAAAAAAAGACAGACAGUCAUAACCUCAAAGCAGAAGUGAAGACCAUCACAGCGGACCAGACGUCCUCCUAACAGCCCUCAUAAAGAACUGCAGCAGGAUUUUAAACAUUUGUUCAGGGUGAACAGAAAACCACUGGAGGAAACUGAGAAAGUUGAGGAAGAAGCUGCCUCUCUUAACAGGACUGUGGGUAGAAUGGCAGCCAGCGCAGAGGAAAUCACAGAAGAAGCUGACUAUGACUAUGUUGGUGAACCUGUAUGCACUGUGGAGAAAAUAACAGCCCCUCCAGACCAGAGGUUUCGCUUCCUCACUCAGUCCUUUCCACCGAUUGCAGUGUGUUGGCUGAUACUGUUAGUCAUCAUGGGCCUUCGUAUCCACUUUACCUCUGUCAUUUCUGAAAACAACGCCAAGCUCACGGCAGAAAACCAGCAGCUGAACACACAAAACCAGGAGCUGGAUGCACAAAACCUGGAGCUGGGGACACGAAACCAGAAGCUGGAAGCACGAAACCAGGAGCUGGAGAUUCAAACCCAGGAGCUGGGGACACAAAAUCAGGAGUUGGGGACACAAAACCAGGGGCUGGAGGGACAGAAGAACAACUUAACAGAACAAAUACGAAACGUGGAGACAAGCGGCAACGUCAGUCGAGCUCAGUGGAGCAUUGAUGCCUACUGCCCCAGAGUAAUUGAAGAGAGACAGUGUAAACCUUGUCAGGAUGGUUGGCAACACUUCCAGGUCAGCUGCUAUUUGAUAAAUAACCCUGAUCUCCCUAAAUGGAAAACCUGGGAGGAAGCUCAAGAACACUGCAGAGGAAAGAAUUCAGAUUUGGUUGUUAUAGAUGAUGAUGCAGAAAAGAACAUAAUUAAUGGUUACAGCUGGGGAAGUUCAGGAACCGAUGGAUACUGGAUUGGCCUCAGAGUUGAAGAUAGGGAAUGGAAGUGGGUCGAUGGAAGUGGUCAGAGUAAAAUCUUCUGGACAGUAUAUCCUUAUGACGGUCACUGUGCAAUGUCUGUCCAGGCCUCAAGAUGGAUAUGGGGAUCAUGGAGAUCAGUGAGUUGUAGUAACAGAAACCGAUGGAUCUGCAAAAAGAAAGCUUUAUUUGUUUAAUAGAG